AUGAUCAUCUUACAAAUUUUGGGGGAUGCGGCUGAGGGGGAAAGCAUAAAUAUGGUAGGCUGUGGGGCAAUACAGCUAGAGAGAGCUCCUUUGGCAGCGGUAAACAUCAUUCAAACUGGUGGGGCUGGUGCUCAAAUCGCCAUUGGUAAAGCCCUGGAGGCCACUGCUAUGGCAGCGGGACAGAAGCUGGUGGAGUGGAGUGAUGUGGUUGCAAUUCAAGCAGCCGAAGUCAAAGCCUUAUGGUUGACUAAAGUCAGUGUCGGCAAGAAGGGGAUGCGACUGCUAGAGCGGAGGGAGAGAGAGAGAGAGAGAGAGAGAGAGAGAGAGAGAGAGAGAGAGAGAGGGGUGCGGCUGGAGACAUGGCCGGUCUUGAGAUUUUGA